AUGAAGAUAGAAACAACAAGUUUAGUCUCAUUCAGUCCAGUCGGAUCAUUAGCUGCGCUGGGAACAAAAGCAAAAAUAUUGAAUAGCGACUUCUCCUCGGAUUCUGUGCUUCACAUACGGAAUACAGAGACAGAUGAGACAAUUUUCACUAAGGUUGUGCCUUCCAGGUUUAACAGGCUGGAGUGGGGAAUGUAUGGGGAUAAAGUGUUUGUGGCUGGAGGGCUAGAUGCAGGGAAUGUUACAAUACUCGAUGCAACAUGCCUGCUUAGUGACGAAAAAGCAGAGCCAAGAGAGCUUGUGUUCAAGAAUCAUGUAAAGACAGAUGACGACAUUCUGGGAAUUGACUUUGCAGGUGCAAUGCCGGUGCUGACAACUGGAUCGUACUCUGGGAAGAUAAUGCUCUGGAACCUAAGAACCCUUGAUAAGCCAAUGGCCCCAGGAAUAACCACAAAGUUUGAAGGAAUUAGCUGCCUGCAGUGGAACAAGAAUAUGCCACAGAUUCUGGCUGUAGGAACAACAGACGGAAUGGUAAGCAUUCUUGACCUAAGAGGAAAGAGCGAAGUGACACGAAUUGGAGAUGCAUACUUCUCCAAGUCUGAGAUAACCUCCCUGCAGUGGGACCCAAACCCAAAUAGUGCACAGCUGGCUGUUUCAUCAUCUGCACACAGCUCAGUCAUUCUUUACGACCUGAGAAUAUCCAGGGGCACUCCCAGGCUAGAAGGACACUCUGAGGGAAUUCUCAACUGCAAGUGGUCCAGGCACGAUCCAUCGCUGAUUGUUACGUGUGGAAGAGACAACUCAGUUAUAGCAUGGGAUGCGAAUACGUAUAAGAAAAGGGGUGUGAUGGUUGAAGAUUCCGUCUUUGACUUUGCAUUCAGCCCUGAGAACCCAGAUAUGAUUGCAUACUCCUCAUACAACGGGUAUGUGGUCAUGGAUACGCUCACCUCCUUGAAUGCCAGGUCGCCUUUCUUGGAUAAAAUUCCAGAGUGGCAGAAGCAGGGCGCAGGAAUGUGCUUUACCAGCCAGGGGAUUUUUGUCUCAGAAGAGAAAGGCCCUCGUCUCAGAAAGUGGGUUAGCGAUGUGAACAAGAACUCGUACGAGUGGAAGGUGCUUGAUGCAUACGAGAAAGAGCACCCAAGAAGGGAAAUCAUGAAGAUUCUCAACUCCACUGGGGAGAAAAGCCCAAUCCUUGAGCAGGCUAAAGAGGAAGAGGAAGGUGAAGAUGAGAAAAAGAGUGAUGAGAGCUCUCUGAAGAUCGAUGAAGAAGACCCAAUCACGGAGAAGCUCAUUCAAGGAAACUUUUCUUCUGCUUUCUCACUGGCUCUUGCAGAAAAUGCACACUUGGCUGCUCUCAUUGCACUGUGCGACGGACCCAAUGUUCUUAAAAGAGAAAAGGAAAGGAUUCUUAAGGCACCAGGCGCAUCCUCAAGCUUCUUGCUGGUUCUUUCAAUUUUGUCAGGUGACUACAGCGGACUUAUAAAGAAUAAUGUGGAUUGGACGGUUAUUGUGAAAAUACUUGGAAGCCACUGUGCAGACGAAGAGUUUAUUCCUAAGGUGCGUGCAGUAGCUGAGUGCCUCGAGAAGAAAGACCCAGACUCUGCAAAGAUAUGCUACCUAAUUGCACGGGAUGUCCAGAAGUACCAGGAAAUAGAAGAGAGAAAGACAGAAAAGCCAAAGACCAUCUUUGAGGCAGUCCAGUUCUUCAAGAACUUUGACAAAGUAUUUGCUGUUGUGGAAAGAGGCGCACUUCUAAUGAACCAAAAGAUCUCUAUAGAUGAAAAUACAAUCGAGUAUCUGAAGCACCUCAUGGACAGAGGAGAAAAGAAGAGAGUCCUUUCCUUCAUAAAGUCACUUAACCCAAAGUCAGCACAAGCAGCAGAAGAAGAGCUAAACCUUCCAAGUACAUCUGCACCCGGUAGAACACAGAAUGCAAAUGUGCACCAGCAAGUAAACAGCAUGAACAUACACCAAAGAACACCGCAGCCAUUCGCAGGGCAGGGACAGCCAAAACCAAACCCAUACACACCGCAUGCACCAAUGCCACAGAAGCCAAACACAAUGCCUUCAGCCUCUCCGUUUGCUGCAGGCCCAGCAACAAGCAAUUUAUAUAGCAGAGAUGCAGGCGCAGCACCCUUCCCACCACAGGCACAAAAGCAAAGUGCACCGCAGCAUGAGCAGCCGCAAAGCUUCUUCUCACAGCCACGCAUGGCCAUGCCAGGAAUGACCCCAGGAUAUACUGCAAACCCGGCAAACCACCAGCAGAACACAGUCUCUGCAGUGCCCGCCCCAAACAUUGGAGGCAGAACAGGACCAAAAGUAUCCUUUGCAAAGCCACAAAUGCCAGAGUCACCCUUAAAUCGAGUGGCAGCACAGUCCUAUCAUAACAUGCCAGGGCCAGCCUAUCAUAAUACACCAGCAAAUGGGCCAGCAAUGCCAAAUAUGCCAAUGGGCAGUCAAAGCAUACCAAACAGACCGAAUAUGCCAGCCAGACCAAGUAUGCCCAUGCAGCAGCCAAUGCAAAAUAUGCCUACAAGCAGUCAAUCUACGCCUAUGCCAAAUAUGCCAGCCAGACCAAGUAUGCCAAAUAUGCCAAUGCAACAGCCAAUGAGUGGACAGAGUAUGCAGAAUAUGCCAUCCAGACCAAAUAUGCCAAAUAUGCCAAUGCAACAGCCAAUGAGUGGUCAGAAUGUGCCCAUGCGCACUGCUCCAUUAAGGCAGCCUGAGUUUCAAUUUGGUGCAGGCGGCAGUCAAACUCCCUCGCAUGGAAGUGGUGAAGUCCCUAGAAUGCCAUAUAUGCCUAGCAGUGCAGUAAAUACUCCUGGAAUGCAGGGAGGAAUGGGUACACCAAUGAAGCCUGCAUUUACACCAAUGAGUGACAGAGUGGGCACACCCUACCCAGAUGCACCGCAGGAAUAUGCACGCCCUGGAAUGAACCACCAUAAUCCAUUCCCAGGAAUGGGUCACUCUGCGCGAGCACAGCAGCAGAAACAGCCAGAGCUUGUUGUAACACCAGAAAUGGAGAAGACGUAUGCAGACCUGUCUAAGCUAAUUGACUUCCUGUUGGGAAUGAUUCAUAAUAAGAAGGGUGCAUUAAAGGGAUGGCUUCUUAAGUCAAUUGACCCAAAGAUUGUUAUUCUGAGAAAGCAUCUUUCGGAGAAAAAGUGGUCAUCUAAUUUCCUCACACGAAUGGAUGGAUUCCUGCAUAAAAUAUCCGAAAUGGGAAUAUCUGAGGGAUCAUCAGUGCCUGUGUCAGCAGAGCAGCUGGAUGCCAUCCGUAAAGAAGGCGAUGCUAUUUGUGCAACUAGGCCAUAUGGCACAGAGAUUGAGAUAUGGAUGCCUGCUAUAUACAGUCUCUUGAAGGUGGCCCUACACUAA